CGUGGGAGGCCGUGUUUUUUUUUAUCUCAGCUCGGACUGGAUCGAGUUCAGUCAGCUGGAACUCUGAGAAGCUGCGCGCGAGAACCACGGAGAAGAAUAUAGAAGAUGAAACAGAAGACCACCACAACGGCACGCGCUCGAAGCCCACCAUGGUCACCUGUUUUAUUAUUAUUAUUAUUAUAGGCGUGUGAAGUUUGCUCAGCGUCGCGCGUGCGCGCGCGUGUGUGUGUGUCUCUGUGUAUGUGUGUGUGUAAAAGAGCGAAUGUGUGCGUAAGCGUGAGAACGCGCGCGCGCGUGUCUGUGUGUGUUUCCAAACCCCCUCCACCACCACCAGAGGAUUUGAUCUUGACGGAAUCCCCUCUCAGAAGCGACACGCGGACCUGUAACGCUGCGGAACGAAAAGAGCGCGGAAAGCGCGCGCGCGCUCGCUCCUCACUCUGCUCGACACUCACGAAAUAAAGACCGAUUUCUGUGAGAAACACAAGACGUACGCGCUCAGUCUGCACGGAUUCGUCACCCCUGACCUAAGAUUUCUCUCAGAAAUCGCGUCAGUUUGUCGUUUUGGACAGUAUUUCACCUGUGUUGUCGCGAUUUGUCAUGUUGGCGGCAAGCGCGAGGCGAGGACGCGUGGAUUUAACCGCUGCUUUUUAACGGCUGCUUGUUUAUUUUAUUUACAUUUUUUCAAACUGCUGCUAUUUUUUUUCAAACGGCUUUUUAUUUUUAAACCUCUGCUGUUUAAAAUAAAAACGGCUAAUUUUCAAACGGCUGCUUUUUUUUUAAACCUCUGCUUUUUUUUUUUAUAAAAACGGCUCAUUUUCAAACGGAUUUUUAAUGCGGAGGAAAAAAGACGAUGUGAACGCUCAGCUAAUGUAGGAUGUCGGAGAUGCGAGGAGAAGACGGUGAUAUUGGAGCAACUUCGACCAAACGCUGAGAAAAAGAGAGAAAAUAGACUGAACAAGAGAGAGGGAGAAGGAGAGAAAGAACAAGAGUGUGUUCAAGAAACAACAACACGGGAAAAAUGCGUCGAGGAAAAAGACCUCGCUCUCUACAAGUGUGUGAGGAUGAGGAUACGAGUUUUCAAAAUGGCCCACACAGACAAGGGCGAGUUUCCCUCUCUACGAGCACCUCGUGACACCAGAGGGGCUGAAGCUCAGAAUCAUGGGAGUUGUAGUCCGUUUGGUGGUGAUCAUCUGGGUGUCUUUUGGUUGGUCCAGAGCAGCAGAGAAGCCCCCUUCUUUGAGCGUGGCGGUGAUCCUGGGACAGACGCGGGGGGUGCCGGACUCGGCUUUGCGCCCCGCCCGUGGAGUCAGUGCACCCCUGGACGUGAGCGUGCUUGGCGUGCAGGUGAACCAAACGGACCCGGGGAGCAUGCUGACACACCUGUGUGAGCUCAUGUCCCGGCAGAGACUGCACGGCCUGGUAUACGGGGACGGGACGGACCAAGAGGCUGUUGCUCAAAUGCUGGACUUUGUCUCGUCUCAGACCUCCAUGCCCAUACUGGGAAUCCACGGCGGCUCCGCCAUGACUAUGGCUGAGAAGGAUGCCAGUUCUUCCUUUUUCCAGUUUGGAGCCUCCCUCCAGCAGGAGGCGCUGCUGAUGUUGGCUGUGAUGGAGGAAUACGACUGGCAUGUCUUCUCGGUGGUCACCACCAAGUUCCCGGGCUACCAGGAGUUCAUCUCCACCAUUCGUGUGACAGUGGACCACAGCUUUGUGCGUUGGGACCUGCAGAGCGUGGUGACGCUGGAGGGUGUUGGCGAACCCGAGGACCGGGCGCAUGUGCAGCUCAAGCGCAUCCAGUCGCCCGUCAUCCUCCUCUACUGCUCCAAAGACGAGGCAGAGAUGGUGCUGGUGGAGGCGAAGUCUCUGGGGCUGACGGGGGCCGGCUACGUGUGGAUGGUACCGAGCCUCACGACCGGUAAUCCGGAGCGCACACCCGAGACUUUUCCAUCGGGAAUGAUUUCCGUGGCAUACGAUGAGUGGGACUACCCGCUGGAGACUCGAGUGCGUGAUGCUGUGGGAAUCUUCAGCUCAGCAGCGGCAGCCAUGUUCAGGGAGCAAGGCCGCAUCCCAGAUGGAACAGUCAGUUGCUCUGGUCAGUCGGAGAAGCCGGAGGUGCCCCCCAGUGCACUGCGCAGAUAUAUGAUGGGUGUGAACCUGGAGGGCAGGGAUUUAUCAUUCAUGGACGACGGUUACCAGGUCAACCCCAAACUGGUGGUCAUUGUUCUCAACCCAGACAGAGAAUGGGAAAAGAUGGGUCGCUGGGAAAACCACUCGUUGAUACUGAAGUUUCCUGUGUGGCCCCGCUACAACUCAUUCGGAGACACGGACGCAGAUGAGAACCAUCUGAGCAUCGUGACUCUGGAGGAAAAGCCCUUCGUUAUCGUGGACGAUGUGGACAUUCUGACUGGGACCUGCAUGCGCAACUCAGUACCCUGCAGGAAACACAUCAAAGAUAAUACUACCGGUGGCUCCUAUGUCAAGCAGUGCUGUAAGGGCUUCUGCAUAGAUAUCCUGAAGAAGAUCGCCAGAAACGUGAAGUUCACCUACGACCUUUACCUGGUCACCAACGGCAAGCACGGCAAGAAGAUCAAUAAUGUGUGGAACGGCAUGGUGGGGGAGGUGGUUUAUAAGAAAGCUGUGAUGGCUGUUGGUUCAUUGACCAUAAAUGAGGAGAGGUCAGAGGUGAUUGACUUCUCGGUCCCGUUUGUGGAAACGGGCAUCAGUGUGAUGGUCUCCCGGAGCAAUGGAACAGUAUCUCCCUCUGCGUUUUUGGAACCCUUCAGCGCGUCGGUGUGGGUAAUGAUGUUUGUGAUGUUGCUCAUCGUCACUGCAAUUGCUGUCUUCCUGUUUGAGUUCAUCAGUCCACUAGGCUUCAACAGAAACCUAGCCCAGGGCAAAGACCCCCACGGUCCAUCCUUCACCAUAGGCAAGGCUGUGUGGCUUCUUUGGGGUCUGGUCUUUAAUAACUCUGUGCCAGUUCAGAACCCCAGAGGCACCACUAGUAAGUUUAUAGUGUCUGUGUGGGCCUUCUUUGCUGUGAUCUUCCUGGCCAGUUAUACUGCUAACCUGGCUGCCUUCAUGAUCCAAGAGGAGUUUGUGGAUCAGGUCACUGGUCUCAGUGACAGAAAAUUCCAGAGUCCAUAUUCCUUCUCGCCUCCAUUUCGGUUUGGUACAGUCCCAAAUGGCAGCACAGAAAGGAACAUCAGGAAGAACUACCCAGACAUGCACCAGUAUAUGGUCAAGUACCACCAGACUGGAGUCCAGGAUGCACUGGUCAGCCUAAAGACUGGCAAACUUGACGCAUUCAUAUACGAUGCAGCCGUCUUAAACUACAUGGCAGGGCGAGAUGACGGCUGUAAACUGGUGACUAUUGGGAGUGGCUACAUCUUUGCCACUACUGGUUAUGGCAUUGCCCUUCAAAAAGGAUCCUACUGGAAGCGCCUGGUAGAUCUUGCCAUCCUUGGGAUAAUUGGCGACGGUGAGAUGGAGGAGCUGGAGGCUCAGUGGCUGACGGGUAUCUGCCAUAAUGAGAAAAAUGAAGUGAUGAGCAGUCAGCUGGAUGUGGACAACAUGGCUGGCGUGUUCUACAUGUUAGCGGCUGCCAUGGCACUGUCACUAAUCACCUUUGCCUGGGAGCACCUUUUCUACUGGCGACUCCGUUACUGCUUCACUGGUCUGUGCUCUGGAAGACCUGGACUUCUUUUCACCAUAAGCAGGGGUAUCUGGAGCUGUAUUCAUGGUGUACACAUUGAGAUGAAGAAGCCUCCAGAGUUGGAUUUCAGUCCUCAGGCCAACAUGCUGCACCUGCUGAAAUCUGCCAAAGAGAUUACCACCUUAGGGGUAACCUCACCUAAACGACCUGUCGCUAGUCUCCUCCCUCAUACCCCAGGGAUCCUGGAACUUAUGAACAAAGGCAACAACCUUUGUCCAAAAGACACUGUCUACAGCAAUGCCAGCACCAUGCUUUCCAACCGCCACAAAGAGCCUCUCAACAAUGCCCUUUUGCCUGGACAGCGUGCUCUCAGUCUUGCGGAUGCCCAGCCUCCUGACAAUAACCCAGUACUUGCUAAUGAACCAGGGCGACCACCUGCGUCCAAGUCCCGUGCACUCUGGAAGAAGUCAGUUGAAACACUACGGCAGGCCCCAGGACCUCAGAGUGAUUCCCCGCCCCCUGCUGCUCCACCUAUCGAGCCUCGUGCCACGAUGAAGAGCCAGAGAUACUUGCCCGAAGAUCCUCAAGCACGAUCUGACAUAUCUGAUUGUUCUGGCCGUGUGGAUCUGCAGAAGCAGCACAAGGUCAAAGAGACGCUACGGAAGCGUAACCGACUGCCGCGGGACUUGAGUGAUGUGGAACUUUCGACACUGCGCAGCCAAGCCAGCCAACAGAGCAACCACAGCGGGCAGAUCUACUCUCAGAGCAGUCAGGGCAGUCAGAUCUACACCAUCGACUCCAUCGACCAAGAUCAUGGAAUGCACUACCCCGACAUAUUCAGCGAGCACAGGGACAACAAGCAUCGACCUCCCUCCUCGUCUGAACAACAGCCAAUCCUGCAGCUGAAUAGCAACCUGCUCACUCAGGUUCAUGAGCCGGAUGUCAUGCAGACUGCCACUGCUGCUACGAAGGAGAAGAAGUACAACACAUACGGCAAGCCUGGCGUGGCCAGUGUCACCUCCGCCGCUCCUGGUUCAGUCCAAGACCAUCGGCAGACCCACUGCCGUAGCUGCCUGUCAAAAGUGACCAGCUACUCUGGGCUUUACACUGUGCGGUCCCCUCAGUACCGCUGCGAUGCCUGUCUGCACUCUGGCAACCUGUAUGACAUCAGCGAGGACCAGUUCCUCCACCCUGAUGUGGGUCUCGGUAUCAUUCGUGGCGGAAGUGUAGAUAGGAACUUCUCCGCUUUUCUGCCACAGCCUGAUGCUUCCUUCACUGCUUAUCUUCCCCAGAGCGACCAAGAGGGCGAAGGGCUUAUCAGCCACUAUCAGAACGAAGAUGUUAUCAUCCGUCGGCAGCAUUCCUACGAGAAUCUACCCCAGAAGAACUCAUCCCGUCGGGUCAGCCUUCAGGACAGUGCUCCUUACGCCAACAUGCCCACUUCCACCCUGAUCCCGGACAAGGCCCCAAAGAGCCAGCCCACACACCUUAACCACACCCUCGCUGGAGUGGGGGUGAGUGGGCUCGGCAUUGGCCGGCGUAGCAAGUCGAUGUACCCGGCCCGUCCGACGGACAACCCUUUCUUGCAGACGCUCCGCGACGACCAACGCCUGGCGCACGGCCACAGCGCCACGGACAUUUACAAACAACUGGUGCCGCUCACAUUAGGUCAGGUGACCGAUGGCAAGGGGCUCGGCAUGGGGGUGGCAACCCCUGACCUCUUUUACCCCGAGCAUGUCAUGCCUUAUGUAGCCCCUCCCCCCAUCGGCACAUACCCUGCCCCCAGAGCAAUGAGCGCCGGUGGAGCCCGGCGCGUCUACAAGAGGAUGCCCAGCAUUGAGUCUGAUGUCUGAAGAAACGAGAAAGACUGAGUGACACUGAAACUCUGAACUCUAAGACGGACACCUGUGGGAAGGUCCACGCGGAUACUGAUUAAUAUCGAAGAUAGCAAAGCUUUACGACUAAGCGGGAAUAUAAAAGGGUGGAAUAUAUUUUGUUUCCUGCUCUUGGACAAACCUCUCAAAGCUCAACACUUCACAUCAGGUCCUCCCCUCUAGACGAGCGGCAGCUCUCUGUCUUCCACAUAAACACCGAAGACGGCAGCACAUGCAGACCGGACAUUGACCGUGCCGUAGAGAGGAAGUGCAACAAAAGCUGCUGGGAAUCACGGGGCAGCUCCAAAGAGUUUCCCUCUCCCUCAACAAAUGAUCUACCAAAAAACACAGUCCCACAUACAGAUAUACACACAGAUAACCCUAAAUAAGUGAAGUAAUGCGUUUAUUAAAUAUGACGCAAAAAUAUGAUACAAAUGAAACAAGGAAAGUCCAAAUAAUUAUAUUAAUAAACAUAUCUAAUAACACAAAUAUGAAAACAACAAAAACAAAAGUUAUAAAUGUGUCUCUGAUGUGCACAACCAAAAAGUAUUUGACUAACAAAGAUAAAGAUAAAAAUCGAUAAGAUGAUAUGAUAAAAUCUUGGCAAGUUAUCAACCCAACAGAAGGGAGAACCACAGAAAUCAUGAAAAGAAGUCAGUUUCAGGUUUCAGAAUAGUGGAAAUUGUUGUUAGGGUUAGGUCAAACUCAAACUCGACAACACGUACUACCUAAUAAUGACUGAACUACUGUCUAUUUAUUUUUGGGGCGUAGAACAGGAGGGACACUUGGUGUAAUUGGGGCCAAACACCACAUUAGUUUAGCGUCACACAUUUAAAGGUCAAGAUUAAAAGUGUAAGACUUUAUCGUUCUCCUCCUCCUUCUCCACCACCCUCCUUACCUGCAUGCCAAACGUAAGCAGGGAGACACUGUUCUUCUCUGAGCCACCAGUGUUGGGCGCACUACAACCACACACGACUUCUAAAUUUUAUUAGAGUGAGCUUAUUUCUAUAGUUGUCUAGACAGGUCAUUUUUACACAGUUUUAUACACUGCCAAAUAUUUGAACAAGUGGUAUGCCAAGCAUGUGUACGGUAUUGUACGGUUGCGGUACGAGAAUAUAGAAAGGGAUGAAAGUCUCACACUGAAGUGGGAAGAAAAGCUCUGGAAAUGGAAAACAGUGGAAAACUAUAUGCUGUGUGGUCACGCUGUUCUUCGAAGGGACUAUUGAAAGAUGCUGUAAUCUAAGAGCCCAAACUAAUGAUGUCACAUAUUGCACUGCAGGACCACCGAAAUAUAAGAACUUCCUGUUUGCCUCUGAUGCACAAACACAUCACUUCCUGCAGAAUUAAACCACACGCCCAUACUUCACUAAUAUAAUAUUUUUUUUCUUUUUUUCAGUUGUUUUUUCAAAUAUAAUGGUCGUUCCAGCGAUAUGCACAAUAUCAGGUUGCAAUAUAAUAUUUAUGUAUGAAAUUUCCUAGUUUUAAUAUGUUUUAUUUAUUAGUUCACUUCAUUUAUGAAUUGUAAUACAUGUGAAAUUAAUUUAUAAAUGUGAUUUAAUUGCGUAUGUAUAAAAAAAAAAGAAAAAAGAUAACAGCAUGUUAAUCUUCUCUAUGGUCAGACUUUCAGAAUUGUUCUUUUUAAUUUUUGAUGUGAAUGGGAGUAAAUGUUUACAGUGAAUAUGGAAAUAUGGAUUCAUCUCCAACGUGAUUUUUGAUUGUCAUUUGAAUACAAGCAUAAAAGUGUCAUAUGGCGAAAAAGUGUCGAACUGGA